CUGGCCUUUUAUCUGGGGGGCUGCCACUGUUUAAAGAAGCAGAGAAACUUGUGGUGCUUCACUGCUUCAUUAUGACGUCCGCUCUCACUCUCAACACUGGAGCACGGAUGCCCAUUUUAGGUCUGGGGACAUGGAAGUCCACCCCAGGAGAGGUCACAGAAGCCAUAAAAGUGGCCAUCCUGACUGGCUACCGUCACAUUGAUGGGGCUCAUGUGUAUCUGAAUGAGAAGGAGGUUGGGGCCGGUGUCCGUGCCAUGAUUGACCAAGGAGUGGUAAAGAGAGAGGAGCUUUUCAUCGUCAGCAAGCUGUGGAACACUUUCCAUGAGAGAUCUCUGGUCAGAGGAGCCUGUGAGAAGACCCUGAGUGACCUAAAGCUGGACUAUCUGGAUCUCUACCUGAUGCAUGAACCUAUGGGCUUUAAGCCGGGAGAAUCCCUUCUUCCUCUUGAUGCUGAGGGCAAAGUGAUUCCAGAUAACAGCACCUUUCUGGAGACCUGGGAGGAAAUGGAGAAGCUGGUGGACGCUGGGCUGGUCAAGGCCAUCGGCAUCUCCAAUUUCAACCGAAGCCAGAUUGAAGCCAUCCUGAGCAAGCCAGGCCUCAAGUACAAACCUGCCAACCACCAGAUUGAGUGCCAUCCCUAUCUGAUGGAAGAGAAGCUCAUCGACUUCUGUCACUCUAAGGACAUCACAGUGACUGCGUACAGCCCUCUGGGGUCCCCUGACAGACCAGGGGCAAAGCCAGAUGACCCGUCCCUCCUGGAGGACCCAAAGAUCAGAGCCAUCGCUGAUAAAUAUAAGAAAACAGCAGCGCAGAUCCUGAUCCGGUUCCACAUUGAGAGGAACGUCGCAGUUAUUCCCAAAUCUGUCAAUCCGGAAAGAAUGAAAGAAAAUUUCCAGGUCUUUGAUUUUAAGCUGAGUAAAGAAGAUAUGAACACCAUUAUGAGCUUCAACAGGAACUGGAGAAUAUGUUCAAUGGAGUGGGCUUCUAACCACAAGGACUUCCCACUGAACACAGAGUACUGAGCUCCUCACCUGCACGGCCCGAACUGAAGCCCAAACAAUCCAUAAAUCAGGAAAUCAGUCGAUUCUCAUUGUGUUUUAUUAAUCACUCAUUCCUAAAAACUGUCAUUCAAACAGAGCCUGAACCAAGUUUCUGUGUGAAACGUCUCUCAGGGUUUUGUGUCUGUUAAGUGAGCGUCUUCUCUUAAUAGUAUAAAACUAUUUUCUUAAACGUUUCUUGAUUCUAGACUUAAGCACUGCAUUUAUCGAGACUUUUGAUUAAUUUUUGUUUCCACAUUAAAGCUACAUAUAUCAAUUUAACAUAUAUCCAGUCAUUUUAAGUAAAAUACAAUAUAUACAAAUAAAGUUUGAUUUUUACAUUACUCAUAAAA